CGGCGAGGGGGGCUCCGCUCCGCCAUUCCGUCCGCGACCGCCCCAGCGCGAGGAGCUAUCCGUCGCGCCCUCCGAGUUGCUGCCUGCUGAGGACCGCCCGCCGCCCCCUUCGCUGUUGGAAUGUAGUCGCCUGCGUGGAACAAGAGCUGCGCCGCUCGAGGUCGAGUAUCGAAGGCCCCAAGGUGCGCGCCGAGCCGCAAGAACGCAAAUAUUUAGCUAGCGGAGGUACCACUAGCUACCUUAUUCGAUGGGUUGAGAACGAUUAGGAAGUUAACGAGUCCCGGCCAUCGGCAACAUCAUCCUGGGGCUCUUGGCAUUCUUUCCAAGUGUACUUUUCUUCAUCAUCAUCACUAUCAACAUUCGUCAACAUGCUGAAAGUAAUUGGUGCAUCCUGGUAUCAGACAAAGGUGAUCUCAAUAAUCCUAGGAGCAAUGGUUGCUCUUGGGAUCAUUGUGUACAUCUUUGGAGAAAGUGAACAACCCCUUGAAGAUGGAAUUUAUUCUGCAACUGUUUUUUACUCUAAAGAAUUAGGUUUUCAAGUUUCUUUUUGGGGAGAAGGAAAUGACUUAAAUAAAGUUCCAAAAGGUGUUGCAAGAGCCCACUACAAAACUGACAUUGUUAAUAGUGGGUGGGCUUUUUUUGAAGUUCAAACCAAUCCUGACAGUCCUGAUUGGUAUCAAGCGUUUGCUGCUGGUGUUCUGGAAGGAAGUUUAUCAUGGCAAUUAAUCUAUUGGCAUUGGUUCAACACAGUUCGUUUUACAUGUGAAGGAAGAGAACAAUUUUGUGAUGAUGUACGUGCUUUUGUGAAAGAAAAUUGGGAAUGGACAGCAGAAAUUUCAAAACAACAGGAGGACAAGGAUCCUUUCUGGCAUCAGGUUCAUUUGUACAUCAUGCAACUUCAAGGUCUUGAACAUGGCUUUAGGCAUGGAGCUGAAAGAAGUAGAGCAGAAUUGGACAUUCCUUCUGAAGAUUUCAUAUGGAUGAAUAUUAUGCCUGACCUAGUUGAACUGGAACAGAAAUUCAAUGGUACUAAAGAUAAUGAAUUUUCAUCUUCUGUUAUUGGUUCUUUUUCUUCAGCAUUCAUUAAACUUUUACCUAGCAGCCAUCGUCUGAUAUUUGCUCAUAACACUGGUGGCAGGUAUCAAGCUAUGCAGAGAAUAAUGAAAAAAUAUGAAUUUCAUUAUCAUUUGACAUCUACUCAAAAUUCUCCUGAAGUUCCAGGAAAAGUCAUUUCUUUCUCUUCCUACCCUGCUAUACUCUUUUCUCAGGAUGACUUCUAUUCAAUAUCUGGAUCAAAAGACAAAGCCACCAAGCAUCAAUUGGUGAUUAGUGGAACAACAAUUAAUAAUUACAAUGAAGCAUUGUGGAACUUCAUUGAUCCUGUUGGCAAGGUGCUUCUUGGUCCACGUGUAAUGAGUGCUAAUCGCCUUGCAACAUGUGGUCGAACGUGGGGAAUCAAUAUGCUAAGGUUCAAUAGUGGAACAGGAAAUAAGCAAUGGCUGGUAGUUGAUUAUAACAGAUUAAUUUUUCAAACUCCUUCAACAAAAGAUCACAAAGUUAGACAUGGAAAGAAACGUUUUGUUCGUGAACCUAAAGGUUUGCUGUGGGUUUGGGAACAAUAUCCUGGCUUUCAUCGCUCUUCAGAUCAAACAAAUUUUCUCCAUCGCACUUCUUACUGGGCAGCAUAUGGUGGACUACCUUUCCAUAAGGAUAUUCUCAUCAAAGGGCAUUUCGCAGAAAUGGAAAAAGAAUAUGGAUUACUCUAUUCUCAUGACAAAUCUCCUAUCGGCAGAAUUUUUAAAAGGGAUCAUUUAAAAGUCACUAAUAUUUCUACAGCAUUUAAUCUAAUGAGAAGUAAUGAAUUUUCUUUUGAUCCUUUGAGUAGAAGCAAUCCAUUAUUUGCUAUUUCUCCUCGAGCAGAUCUGAAUAACAUUGAUCCACAACCUGCUGGAGCUAUUGAUACUAAAAUUAUAUCUGGCAAUUUACAACAGCUUGAUUUUCAGGCAAUCUCUGGUCCAAGUCUUGCUUACGAUUUUGUGAAUGAGAAUGGUGAUGAUGAUGUAGAAAAUGAUGUUGCUACUUAUGAAAAGCAGCCCCAACCUUUUCAAUGGUCUUUGAGUAAAUUUUCGGAUAUGUUUCAUUUUGGCCAACCUGAUGUCUGGCAUUUCAGUGAAAUUGGAAUUAAAUGGUUUUGGUCAUAUGAUGACACAAAACAUGAAAGAAAUUAAAAAAUAGAAUUGGUAGAUUAAAAAUUAAGACUUCAUUCUGUAUCUGUGAUACUUUUGACAUGCAAUGAAAGUAGCUAAUGUGGAAUAUAUACUAUCAUUCUUUAUUGGAAUGUCAGAACAAAAAACAUACAAAAUCAAAUCAUUCCUGUGCUCAGAAUAGUCUUCCACAUCAAACAUUAUGUAUAUUAGUUUUGGAAAUGUGUUCUCAACAGUUUUGUAUUCUAUUUAAUAAAAUAAUUAGUUUCUAAGAUAUGUGUUCUUCAUUUCAGAAUCCCACUGGGUGUGAAUUG